AUGGAUAGUGAUCUCUAUGAUGAAUUCGGGAACUUAAUCGGAGCAGAAUCGGACGAUUCGGUAUAUGAGGAUGAGGAACAGCUUGUGGAGACUGUAGACUCUAGCGCUCAAGGCGAAAUGGAAGAAGAAGAAUCCUCCGAACGAGCAUUGGUAACCAGAGACAGUUUAGAAACAUCUUUUCCGAAUGACGUGGAAGUUUUGGUCGAGACGGAGGAUCAACAGUCCCUAGAGACCCCUCUCGUGGAACCAGCUCAAACUCGUCAAAAGCCAAGUUCGAUUUACACCAAGUCUGCUAAGAAUAUACCCAGAUCUUCAUAUGAUCGAGAUUAUCUCAUCUCCUUGCUAAGUAUUCCGGAAAGAACAAUAAAUGUGGCCGUAUUAGGGCCUCUUCAUUCCGGUAAAACAUCGCUGAUGGAUCUCCUACUGUCAAACUCUCAUGAAAAACUUCCAAAUGUAUCAAAAAGUGUGCGGCAGGGAUGGAAACCACUCAAGUACUUGGAUAAUACAAAGGUGGAGAUUGAAAGGGGAAUCAGUUGCAAGCUUAAUGGAUUUAGCUUUCUCGGAUGUGAUUUGCAAGAUAAAUCAGUGGCAAUUACAAUGCUGGAUACACCGGGUCAUGUAAACUUCAUGGAUGAAGUGGCUGUUGGAUUGACAGCUUCGGAUUCGUGUCUCAUAGUUCUUGACGUGGUGGAGGGUGUCACGGCGAUUGCACAGCAACUAAUUAAGCAAGCCCAAAAGCAUCAGCAGAAUAUCGUAUUCGUGCUGAACAAAAUUGAUAGGUUGAUUUUGGAGCUCAAGCUUCCACCUAAAGAUGCUUACCUCAAACUUGUGCAUAUAGUACAUCAAAUCCAAAGUUAUGCACAUGGAGAAUAUUCUCCCGAAUUGGGCAACAUUUUAUUUGCAUCGGCCAAGUUAGGCUUUACAUUCAGUAUCAAAGAAUUUAUUCUUUAUCAUUACUCAACGCAGCUUGGUGAAAAAAAUGUCCAGAGCUUCAUUGAUAGAAUGUGGGGCACGAUAUAUUUCCAGGCAGGCGAGUUCUCACACGAGCCAAACGAAAUGGGUUCAACGACUUUCAUGCAGUUCAUACUUGUUCCUUUAUACAAAGUUCUCACUCAAACACUGUCUAGCGAGCCAAAGCAGGUGGCUCUGAUCUUAAAGCGCCAUUUUAAUGUCAACUUGGCCGAGGAAUACCUCAAAUGGGAUCCUCAGCCAUUGCUGAGAAAAGUUCUGGCUCUGAUAUUUCGAAAUCAGCAAGGGCUUAUUGAUAGCAUCAACAUAUUCGGCUCAUCUGCGUCUGAAAUGAAAACAGUGAAGUUAGAAAACCAAGGCGUCAUGUCUGCAAAACCUUCCAAGUUGGCCCAUGUGCUGAAACUGAUCGACUAUUGCGGCGACACCUGGGCACUUGUUAGAAUAUAUCGGGGCUCUAUGAGAGUAAAUGAUACGUUCAAGGCGCUGGAUGCAGGCACCACAUAUUAUGAUGAUGCUCCUGAAACCAAAAUAUUGGAUAUCGGCCUGCUGGGCGGCAGAUACGUUUUGCCCGUUGAGAAAGCCGCUGAGGGUCAGAUUGUACUGGUGAAGGGAAUAGAUCAAUUCUUCACAAAAUCAGGAACUCUGGCAGACACUCUUGCUGCGCAAUUUACCGAAAUAGACUACAUCAAUGAACCAACGUUCAAAAUCGUACUGAAGCCUUUACAGCCGCGGGAACUUCCUUUAAUGCUUGGAGGGCUCAACAGCGUAAACAAAUUAUAUUCGGGAAUGGUAACGUGUGUGGAAGAGAGCGGUGAAACCGUGGUUCUGGGUACGGGAGAGCUUUAUUUGGACUGUCUACUCUGGGAUCUCAGGAACAACUACAGCAAAAUAGAAAUCCAAGUUUCAAACCCGCUAGUGAAGUUUGCUGAAACAUGCAUAGGCGAGUCGUUUGCCUCCAUUCCCGUCAACGGAACUAAUGGAACUUUAAGUGUUAGUAUAGCGGCUCAGCCCUUGGAACGUGAGCUCGCGGAAGAUUUGACUAAUGGCAUUAUAGCAGAAAACGCAACUCAGAAUAAGCGCCACUUAUCAAAAUUGUUACGUGAGAGAUACAAGUGGGACUCUCUAGCUGCGAGAAAUAUAUGGAGUUUACACAAGGGAAAUGUAUUCGUGAAUGACACACUGCCACAUGAUGUCGACCAAGAACUCUUGACUGAAAUGCAUGAUUCCAUCUGCCAAGGUUUUGAAUGGGCAGUCAGAGAAGGUCCGCUGGCGGAGGAAGCUAUCCAUGGCGUUCAUUUUCGGCUUUUGAGCGCCUCAACAGACGAUGGGGUUGGAACUGGUCAGCUUAUCUCGCUUGUGCGCAAGGCAUGUUACGUGGCUCUUUUGACUGCUGAGCCCGCGCUCCUUGAACCUAUAUACGAAGUGAGUUUAGUGGUUCAUGAUCUACUUGUUGAGGUCGUCGAGGAGAUAUUCGCUAAGAGACGUGGGGGCCGAAUCUAUAACCGAGUCGCAAUUCCUGCUACACCGCUGGUGGAAGUCCGCGGACAGAUUCCAGUCAUUGACUCGAUUGGUUUCGAGACUGAUUUGAGACUGGCAACCAAUGGCGAGGCAAUGUGUCAAUUGCAUUUCUGCAAUAAAAUAUGGCGGAAAGUGCCGGGCGAUGUUAUGAAUGAAGAUGCGACAAUCCCGAAGUUGAAGCCGGCACCUUGGGAAAGCAUGAGCCGUGAUUUUGUGAUGAAAACUCGGCGAAGAAAAGGGCUGUCGUCUGAUGGCUACGCUACGCAAGAUGGCCCCUCUUUGGCACGCUAUAUUGACGCUGAUUUGUUCCAGAAACUAAAAGACAAUAAGCUCGUGUAA